AAUUGCCAAAGUAAGUGCCUAUGCCAAAAUUGCCAAACCAAAAUCCAAUUUCUAAUGGGUGUCACCUAAAGUAUAAAUUCAUUAUAAAUCAGCGAAAUAAAGUGAUAACACAUGUUAAUUAAUCUUUGAUUGACCAAUGGGAACUCUUUCUAUAAUGUUGUCCUGUGUAGUGUAGAAAUGUGUAUUGUGAUGUGAACUUGAAACUGCGGACAAGAUUUGUUAAUUUGUUUUUAGUUAUACAUUUCUUGUACCUAUGAAUACAUACCUACAUUUUUAGGCAUGAAUAUGUAAUAAUUAAUUUUCAAUUCAUGAUGGGGAAUGAAAAUUCUCAAUUGUCAGGCCUAGAAGUUGAGGAAAAGGCUGUAGAGAUAACAGAUUUCUGGUCACAAUAUCAGGCCACUAUAAAAGAUAGUUGUCGAUAUUUUAGUUUAAAGGGUGAUGGUUCAGUAUCCGUAUUCAAAGGACAAGCAGCAUUGGGACCACUAUGGGCAGUUUCUACGCCACUGGAAAAGUUUUCUAAUAAUUUACUUAAGUAUCGGCACCCAUGUAUAGUUCGGUACAUAUCAGCAUGGCAACAAAGAUCUACUCUUCAUUUAGCCACAGAGUAUGUGCAACCUCUUUCUCAAGUUUUAACAGCUCAGACUCCACUUCAAAAAUGUAUUGGACUUAACAAUAUUCUAAGAGCAUUGGUAUUUUUACAUGAACAGGGUGGUAUGUCACAUAAUAAUGUAAGUGUGUCAGCAAUAUAUGUGACAGGUGAUGGCCAAUGGAAACUAGGCGGGUUGCAAUAUUUGUGCCCCUUCACUGAACUGACCUCUGCAUACUUAAAACAUGCUAGAAUACACAGAUAUGACAAAGCUGUAGAUCCUAAUGAAGAUUCCUGUGAGCUGAAUUCCAAAAUUGAUCAAUAUGGUUUUGCUGUUCUAGUAGAAGAUGUUUACAAGAAUAAUAAAGAUGAUGAAGUACCACAUUUGAGAGAAUUCAAGAGAUACUGCCAGGAACUAUUGCAGCAUCGCGAUCCCGCGCAUAGACCAAACUUACCAAUUGUACUUCAACACAAUUUCUUCAAUCAUGAAUUUAUAACUAUCUACAAGUUCUUAAAUUUCUUACCAUUGAAAACUGAAGAAGAAAAAUGUCAGUUCUUUAGUAAUAUUUUAGAGAAUCUAAAAUGUUAUGAUGAGGAAACUGUUGCUAAGCAACUUGGCGGUCUGCUUCUGUCCAGAUUAACUAUGUUGGAUCAAACUGCUCGGAAAAAUGUUAUACCAUAUAUUCUCAAACCAAAAAAUGAUCGAUCUCAAAAUGAAAAAAAUACUGGAUUUUUUAGACUUGAAAUCUUCAAAGAACAUGUGAAGCCUAGAUUGAUGCAAUUAUUUGGAGUGAGGGACAGCCAAAUUAGAUUUUUGUUGCUAUCUCACUUCUCAAAAUUUGUUCACGUCUUUUCACACGAUGAGUUGUCUCAACACAUUCUGCCAGAAUUACUUCUUGGCAUCAAAGACACUGACGACAACUUAGUAUCUGCCACGCUGAUAUGUUUGAGUGAAUUAGUGCCAAUAUUAGGAGCUAGCACUGUGAUUGGCGGUCAAAGAUCUAAGUUCUUUACAGACGGGAGACCUAAUUCGAAGACAACAUCUGACAAACUUUACGAAAAAGAAACAUUUCCAGCAAAAAUACCAUUACGAGAUUUACCAUGUUCUGAAGAUACAUUUAAUCUUGAUGGCAUUGAACAACCUGUAUACAUGGAAACAUUCAUAGAAAGGCCAUCCCCUGUUGGAGGUGAAUCUAUAGAUGAUGAGAUUUUAGAAUCGGCUGCAAACAAAGCAAACAGUGAAGAAGACUGGAGUGAUUGGGACAACACCAACCAUAAACUCGUAUUAGUAGAAUCGGAGGAUGUCAAUGGUUUGAUCCCUAAUACUGAGCAUGAACAGAUACAUCUGAAUGGGAGUUCAAUGAAUGCCUCCAAUAAUCCUUUAACGAAAAUCAGCAGUGCAAGAUCAUCCCUUCUUCAAAAGGCUGCUUUGGAAGCAAAGAAAAAUAUUGUAGACAUUUCCGAGUUGGACAUUAAAAAUCAAAAGAUAGACAGCCGUAAAAAAAGUAAUGAAGAUUUUGAUUUCUUUGCAGAUAUGAAACCUGUUAUAGAAAAACCUACUGUUGUGGAUGUUGCUCAAAACGAUUUAAUUCAGAACUUUACUAGCAAGUUGAAUUUUGUUCCAGAAAGUCAUGAAGACGAAAAUGAAGGUUGGGGAGAGUCGUGGAAUGAUUAAAGAAAUAAUAUUUGUAUAAAGCCUCAGUGUAAAUGUAGAUAGGUACAUACACAAAAACAUUCAUCAAUAUAAAUAAAACCAAGCAGAUUUCAGUUAAGUGCAUUUAUUUGCACAAAAUUUCUACAAGCCAUUUCAGUAUAAUUCAUACUAUUUGAUGUAGAUUGUACAUAUCAAUUUAGUUUGUAACCCUGGUACAGUGUGAUACAAAUGGGACAUUGGUAAAAUUAGCACUAAAAGACUCUAACACGGUUAUACUCAGUAGUUGGGUCGCUGCGGUUUUUUUUUUAUUUACCAGUUUAUGUACAUGUACACGAACAGAUUAUAUAGGAAAAAUAAAAAGUGGAAUAGGUACUGCUUAUUUCUAAAGAAAUCUCUUCCAACAGACCCGAGAGGAAGAAAUUUUACUCAAAUUUCAUUUACACAAGUAAAUUAAAUUUGAAUAAAAUCAUCACCCAAGAAGAGUGGUAUCGAGUGAUGUUGCACUAGGAUGUACUACAACUUACAUUUAUGUAAUUUCAAAGUACAACAAUAUAAUGAAAUGUUAUACCUAAAGAUUUUUGAGAAUUAAGUAUAAGAUUAAAAUAUUUAAUAUAUAACUUUAUCUGUGAAUGCACUCUCAAAAAAUGUGUUUCUCGCUCAUUCAUUAUUUUUAAUAAAGAUUAUUAUUUAUCAAUGCAAA